AUGCAACAACCUAAACGCGCAGAAAAGUUCAAGAAGCCUUCAACUAAAGGACACAAGCAAACUGAUAAUACAACUCGUGUAAUAAUUGUGCACGAGAGCGUUAAGAAUGGCACUAGUCAAGCUAACAUUUCCAGAAAAGCUGAUACCGAAAAGGUUGAAUGA